UGAAUGUGCUGUCAGAUUGCUCAAACUUGAGGCAGACAGAGCAGUAGGAGGAAGGCCAGGCUGUAUUCUGAAGCAUCACAAUUUGGCACAUUUGAUACCAGCAUGGCAUCGGCAUGGGUUGGCAGCAGAGGGACUGUAAAGGAUUUUCCUGGCUUCAGUGCAGGGAAGGAUGCAGAUGCAAUCCGGAAAGCAAUCAAAGGAUUUGGAACAGAUGAGGAUUCGUUAAUCGCCAUUCUUACACAGAGGUCAAAUGCACAGAGACAGCUCAUAGCGAAGGAUUAUCAAGCUGCAUGCGGGAAGGACCUGAAGGAUGACUUGAAAGGUGAUCUGUCUGGUAAUUUUGAACACCUCAUGGUGUCACUCACUCUACCCCCAGCUUAUUUUGAUGCCAAACAGUUAAAGAAAGCCAUGAAGGGAACAGGAACCACCGAAAGCAUAUUAAUAGAAAUUCUAGCUUCAAGGACCAGUAAACAAAUGAAGGAUGUUGGAGAUGCUUACUAUACAGCGUAUGGAAAAAGCCUUGGGGAUGAAAUCAGUUCUGAGACCACUGGUGACUUCAGGAAAGCCCUUCUGUUUUUAGCCAAUGCCAGACGUGAGGAAACUUCCAAAGUGGAUGAAAAUCUUGCUAAAAAGGAUGCUGAGAUUUUAUAUAAUGCUGGAGAGAAAAAAUGGGGCACAGAUGAAGACAAAUUUAUUGAAAUUCUCUGUUUGAGAAGCCUGCUCCAACUCAGACUAACUUUUGAUGAAUAUAUGAAAAUUUGCAAAAAAAGCAUUGAAGAAAGCAUAGCCGGUGAAAUCUCUGGGCACCUAGAGGAUUUGCUUCUGGCCAUAGUGAAAUGUGCAAGGAACACUUCUUCUUUUUUUGCUGAAAGGCUGUACAAAUCUGUUAAGGGUGCAGGAACAGACGAGUUUACGUUGACAAGAAUAAUGGUGUCUAGAUCUGAAAUGGAUAUGCUGGAUAUCCGUGCAGAGUUUAAGAAACUUGCUGGAUACUCUCUGCAUUCUGCGAUCAAGUCUGAUACGGCUGGAGAUUAUGGAGAAGCACUACUGAAACUCUGUGGUGGGGACGACUAAAUGAAAGAAUAGAAGACUAUGACUGCAGCUAUAUGGAAUUUUUUUACACAACAAAUUUAUAUUGUGAUUCUUGUACUAAACAUUCACACUUGUAACUGCAAUAAAAAAAAACAUUUCACUAUAUAAUGUAAGAAAAUAAAUAUUUGAUAUUUAACCUCACUAAAACAA